UCUCCUCCCGGUUCUCCCAAGAACAGAAGGCCCUCCGUCCUCCGUCUCUGUCAGAGUCACAGUCACAGCAGAAAACUAAUUCAUCAGUCUACUUAAUUCUGAGAAGAAUGGAAGCUACGAAGCCAUGGAUAAACGCUUUCAGAGCAAAAUCAAAGCAAGCCACGCUGCUUUGGCUCGAGGGAUUCCGAGAGGCCUGCUGCCUUCACCGUGUCCUCAUCCUCUGCCACCGGUCGAGAAAGCUUAUGAUACGAACAGGACAGUGUUUUCUAUUAAACGGCUUCAUUUUCUUAGGAAGUAUAAUUAUCCUUAACUCAGUCAUCAUCCCAACUCUACACUGGAUAUUACCUGAUAGAUGCCCAGAAUAUAGUUCUCAAGAACUCUGCUCAUUUGUUGGUACAUUGAAAUUUUAUUCCGUCUUGCGGAAUGGACUCGUACAACUCUUUUAUGUAACUUGGUUCUACCCACUGUACGUAUUCAGCAUUAUCCUGAGCAACAUCUGGUACAAUGACAUUGCUAAGUAUGGAUUUUCUGCAAUGGGGAGAUCCGCGCCAACCACAUUGGAUCCUGUCAGACAAAAUGAUGUUGGUUUGGAAAGACCUGCUGGCGUAGAAGGGGUCAUGAUUGGUAUAGGAGAGCAGGUGUAUUCAUUACUUCUUUUGAACUGUUUCUUCCUAGAGGUAUAUGUGACUGGAUAUAUACCAUAUGUGGGGAAGGCAGUAAAUUUUCUGCUUCUGUCCUGGAUGUAUGCGUAUUACUGUUUCGAGUACAAAUGGAAUUUUACUGAAGUUCGUCUUGAAAAAAGGCUGGAUUUCUUUGAAUCUAAUUGGGCAUUUUUUGCUGGUUUUGGGAGCCCUUGCGUUCUGCCUGUACUCUUUUUCUCACCUCUUGUGAGCUAUGGAUUUAUGGCAAUACUCUUUCCAUUGUUUGUUUUGACAGCAACAGGUUCAGAGGCUGAGCAAGUUAUUUCUUCUCAAAGGACAAAAUGGGGAGGUGCUGGGUUGCGAAAGCUUCCAAUAUUUAAUGCUGCAGAUAAAUUAUCGAUGCGGGUUUUGUCUCUGUUUCCCCUAGAAUCUCAGGAACUGCUUCAAAAAAAGAAAGACGCUAAGAAGUUUGGCUUAUUCAACUGUAAAUAUCGUGGAUGCGUUGCGUUGCAGGUUUUAUCUUAUUGAUAUGAUAAUAAUAUCUUAAGUCAUAUGUGGUGUUUGGUGCCACCGGAUGAUCCAUCUCCACGCAAAUUUGUACAUAAUUUAAAUGCAAUGCUAUUGCUUCAAGAUAGAGCGUCAUUGGAAGGGUUUUACGGUUUCGUUCGGUAUAUUGUACGUAGAAAGUAGGUGUCGACCAAAGUUUAUCAAAUGUACAGAAAUAGUAUUUCAUCAAAGACCAAUUUCGGUGGUCAAAUUUGAUCAACAUAUCAUGCAAACAUGUCUCAGAAGUACUGCUACAACUUCUUUUGUUACAACAUGUCGCUUUCACAAUUUGUUUAUCGUGAUUCACC